AAUCACAAAAAAAUCUGAAAGGGGAUUUUUGCAGUAGCUUUGGCUCAGAGGCCUCGGGGAGCGGUUUGCCGCCGCUGUGUGAGCCAACCAUGACGGAGGAGAGGCUGAAGGCGGACCCCUCCAGGAGGGAGGGGCUGGAGGCGGUGGAGGGCGACACGGAGCCCAGCAGGAUGGUGCAGAAGCUGGGGAGCAACGUGUCGAAGAGCGUCCAGGUUAAAGUGGAAAGCAUCCUGAAAGAGGUGCAGCAUUUCUCCGACAGCGACAAGCUGUACCUCUACCUGCAGCUGCCCUCGGGACCCAGCGCUGGGGAGAAGAGCAGUAGCAGUGGCGGAGGAGGAGGACCAGGAGGAGACUCCAGCUCCUUCAACACGGCCGACCAGCUGCACACCUGUAACUGGAUCCGCAGUCACCUGGAGGAGCACGCCGACACCUGCCUGCCCAAGCAGGACGUCUACGAGACGUACAAAAGAUACUGUGACAACCUGCAGCACAGGCCCCUGAGUGCUGCUAACUUUGGGAAGAUCAUCCGAGACAUCUUCCCCAACAUCAAGGCUCGCAGGCUGGGAGGGCGGGGCCAGUCCAAGUAUUGUUAUAGUGGAAUUCGCAGGAAGACUGUGCUGAACAUGCCUCUACUACCAAGCCUGGACCUCAAAAACGACCCGUCGGAGCUGACCGAGCUGGUGCAGACGUACAAACAGGAAGUGACGGAGGCGGCGUGUGAGCUGAUCUGUGACUGGGCUCAGAAGAUCCUGAAGCGCUCCUUCGACACGGUGGUGGAGAUCGCCCGCUUCCUGGUGCAGGAGCACAUCGUCAACCCUCGCUGCAGCCAGGCCGAGCUUGUCACCUCCGCCGCCCUGGCAGGAGGCCCGGCCAAGCCUGCCAAGGUGGUGAAGAAAAACUCCUCCCAGUCCAAGGGGGGAGGGGCCGACCUGGAGGGCAGUGCCUCGGAACUGAAGAGGGAGAAGGAAGGCGGAGAGCAGUCGUCGCCGGGGAAACCGCCGCCUAGCGACAAGCCGGCCUAUAAGGGGCAGGAGCUGGUUCGUCCCGGGGGUCGCGACCUCCAGGUGGAGGCUCUGAUGAAGAGCUACCCCAAGCUCCUCCCCCGGAGCUCCGUCCCCGACAAGACCCAGCUCUCUGUGCGCUCCUCGCCCCCCUCGCUCGCGCCCAAGGACUCCGGGGUCAAGGUCAUCGCCAUGGCCACCCUGCCCCAACAGCAAGGCGGGGCCCUCCCCCUCAUGAUCCUCCCCCAGAGCGUCAGCCUAGCGUACGACAGGGAGUCGGCCAAAGCCCCGCCCCCUCCUGUCACUGGUGCGCCCGCUGCCGUCACCUCCGUGGUGCAGCGCGCGCGCGCGGCACCCAAGCGGGCGGCGGAGACGCUUGCGGCCGCGUGCGCCACCUCGGGCCUCGGGGGGGGCCCUCCCAAACGCAAGAGAGGCCGUCCCAGGAAGGCCCGACCGGAGGACGCCCUUCCCCCUCCUCCUCCGCCUCCUCCCCUUCCCGCCGUCACCCAGACCUCCAUCAUCACGGGAGGCGUGAUCCAGAAGGCCUGCUCCUCCUCCGCCUCCUCCCAGCUGCUGGAGUUUGUGAUCCAGGAGCAGCAGGGGCUGGUAGGGGAGGGGGCCGUCCAGGGGCCCCGGGGGGUGGUGGUGCAGUGCCAGGCCGGACAGGAGGGGGCGCCCAGGCCCGUUCUGCUCCUGCAGAGCCCAGUGGGACAGGCGGGUUGGGAGGUCGGGGGCAGGACUAUGGUGGAGGUGAUCCAGAGGAAUCCGCGACUGCAAGUGCUGGAGGACCGGAGCGAGAUGGAGAUCACCCUGACCCCCGUCGACCCCCACUCUGACCUCCAGCUGACUGGACAGGCCCCGGGGGGGGCGGAGGAACAGUCAGCCCAGGACAGCACACCGACAGGGGGGCCCUAGCCCUAGCCCUUACCCUGGUCCCCCUGCACAAACUCUCCUCAUCCUAAUCCCAUCACUCACCCACAGACUGUUAGAGCCCCCCUCCUCCCGCCCCCUACUCCACUCAUCACUCCACAGUCCUAACUCCUCCCCCCCCAUUUGUUGUUUGGUGGAAAUCCUAGACUGGCGCCGCAGAGAGCCAAUCGGGAUAGAUGAAGCCAAACCGCCACUAACCUUCCAUUGGCCGCCCAUGCACUUGACAAUGGAAAAGGGCAGUUUGUUAACCCUUUUCUGCGACUCUUAAACUGCAUGUUUGUCUUUGUAACUGUGAGUGACGCAAGAAAGGUGACUCUGAGCCCCUCAGAUAAGCGUGCUGUUCCAAAUCAACGCCUAAACCCUACAUCCUAGGCACUAAACCCUGCAUCCUAGGCACUAAACCCUGCAUCCUAGUCAUGGGACGCUAACCAUCCUUGCUGUGGUGUGAGGUGGGGCCUUUAUGACUCCAACCUUCCCGAUUCGACCUUCCUAUUGGCCACCAGUGCUGGAGAGGGCGGGUCCGAGGGGUUUGGUUUGGAACGAGGCCUGCUCCUGUGGGUUCUGGACGAUCCAGGAGGAGUAUUACGGGUUUGGAACCAGUCCGGGUUCCCAGUUUUUCCCUCCCCCCCCUCCCCCUUCAACAGGAAGGAUUUUCAAUCUUUUUCUACCCUGGUAGUUCUGUCGGUGUCGGUGCUUUGUGAUGUCAGAGGGAGAGAGAGAAAAAGGAAAGUCAUGUGACUUUCCACUGAUGUGGCUGGCUGCAAUCUAGCGCAUGCUCUUCAAUCCGAGAAGCCAGCCAAUCAGAACUGGGCCUGCCUGCCACAGUGUUCUUAAUAGCGUGUGAAUGGAUUGUGGGAUAACACCCUCACCCUCUUGGUUGGGAACCCCCAUCACCCGAACCUCAACCCCCCCCCCCCCCCGACUCCGUCCCCAAACCUCACCCUUGAGCUCGACCCCCUUAACCUCAUCCGCCAACUCCAUCCCCAAACCUCACCCCUCACCCCACCCGUCAAAUCUCAGUCUUAACCCCCACCCCCCUCACCUGAACCCCCAACUCCAUCCACUAACCUCAACCCCCACUGCUCAGAUCUUAACCCCCAACUCCAUCCUUAACCCUAAACCCAACCCCCCUGCCAAGCUUUUACACCAGAAUACAGAGUAGUGAGACCCAUGCAAGCACUUAUAUGGACAUGAUGACAUCAGCACUUCCUGCUCAUGGCAGACUAAACAGAUACACAAAAUAGCAGGGUAGUAGUAUACUAGAAUGAAUAUACAGUAUCUUAAGUAUCUCAAUGAACCUGCAAAUGGUACAUCAGCUUGUUCAGAGAGGUCCCCCUCUCAGGCCAAAGCAUCCAAGCACAAACCGCCAUGCCUAGUGUGGAGCCGAGAGGGCAGCAGAGAGACAGGCAGCGGGUGCCCAAUCCCCCAGCCUGUCCCCGUGGUGGAUCAGCCGCUGACAAAGGUGAAGUGGGCCUGUUCGCCCACGAAGGCCGCCUCGUAACCAGGACAAAGAGCUGCUCCUGCGGCCAUCUCCGAUGGCGUCUCCUCCCCUUCCGCACCUCCUUCGCACACCGUGUUGGUGGACCAGCUGUGCACAGCUGCCUUCUGACGACCCCCCCCCCCCAGCCCUUCUGAGCCAGGGCUCUGUGUCUGUGGUGCUAAAACUGAGUUACGGCGUUCUGGUGCCCCGGUGAUGAUCAAUUUCGUGUGGUUGAGGGACAGGGACCCCCCCCCCCCCGUUCCCCUUGUUUAUCGUAGAGACAGCAUAUCAGUCGAUGAGUUGAAAGCCCCAAAAGAUUGCUCUCUGUGUGGGUUUUUAUUUGUUAUGUUUCUUCAUUGCUUCCGUCCCUUUCGACAACAGAUUCUGUGAUUUCUACAGACAAAAAACUAAUCCAGCCAACCUCAACCCCCCCCCCACCCCCCGCCCCCCCCCCCCCCCCCCCCCUUUUUAUAAGAAAAAAAAGAAAGAGAAAGAAUACAGUUUGGACUGAAAAUGACAAGAAAAGUUGCACUGAAGGAAGAGAAUUGGGAGGUGUCGGAGCUGGAUGUGAAGUGAUACUCGGCGGUUGGGGCGAAGUGGCGAUGACUGACAGAAUGGGACGCUGUGGUGAUGUUUCAGACCAUAUUGGGAAGCCGUUCAGGGUGGCUGUACACGUUGAUCAAACUGGAGUCCAAUUCGACUUAAUUCUAACAUUGAGAGUUUUAGCACUAUUUAAAAAAGAAGAAGAGUUUAUGAACACAUAUGGUGGUUGCUAUAUCCUAUGAACUGUAAGCCAACACUGGGCCCGGCUCUAGUGCACUAUCUUCUGAUAGAGGCUGCCUGGGUAUCCAGUGUUGAGAAAACCAGUCGGUACACACACACACACUCGCACACAGCAGUGUGUAUCUAGUCUAACCUGUAUCUGUGGAGAUACUGUAUCAUCCACUUUACCCUCUCUGGACUAUGAGCCCCUGGCGGUGCUGUCAUUGUGUGUGUGUACUUGUAUGUGUGUGUGCACAGCUAACUCAAUAACCAGGGGGCCAAAAUGGCAGGUGCCAACACUAAACCCUCAGAACCGAGUUGGUAACCUCUGCUCUGGUGACAUGUCAUAGGACACAUCUCAACACUAUGAAGAGGUCUCCUCUCUCCUCUACUCCCUCCUUGUCUCCUUUCCUUCUCUACUACCCUUCAACCGGCAACCUUGAUUUAGGAAGCUUGAGAUAAGUGAUAGCGGUUGUCACCCGCGCGCCUGCAUCGCAUUGACGCGGAUGGAGCAGCAGAGAUGAGGAAACAACUUCAGACGAUUGAGAUCCACUACUUUGGAGUUUGUAGUGUUACUGCUAGUGCCUGUGAGUGCGUGCGCGAGUGUUUGAGAGGGGAACUUUCACUGUGGAGCCGCCGUGCUCAAAAAAAGAAACGGGUCGGAGAAUCAAAGAUAACGAUCAGGAACCGGGUAGUCGAGGCUUGGCCGUUAUCUGCGGUCUAAACGCAGUCAGCGGUCAAGUCCCUGCGGUAGCUCAACAGAUGGGCACUCUGUGCUAUGGCCUAGAAAGCCGUACAGAGUGAAGCAGUCCAAUAGCUUUUGCUUUGCAAUUUGUUUUUAGGUUUAUACAGAUAAAACGUUUUUGUUGUUAACGUUUUUUUUUUUUUUACAUGAAAAAAGUGUGUGUCAAUUGUGUUUGCUUUUUUUGUCGAAUGAGUCUUUGAUCUCAUGCGUUGUACAGGUCAUUUUGAAUGCAGUUUUGAGUGUCGGUUUCUUAUUGAUGUAGGCCUAUUUGGGUUUGAAUGACACAUCUAGUUCCUGAGAUUGUUCAUGCAUGGGCUUGUGUGACUGUUCUAUUGCUCUGAGGUCCUUUUCACCAGGUGAAGAAAAAGCAUAAUAUAAGCCACGACAAAAACGGAUUUGACAAUGUUUUCAGUUAUUUUGCUUUGUUUUUAUAUGAUUAUAACCUCCCCUCGCUUGUGUUUUGCACUUUAUAUUUACUUUUUAAAAAUCAAGCUUGUUAAGAAUUGGUGUGAACAAGAAAAAGAAACAAAACUGAAUAUUUGAUUUGAUCAUUAAUUGGAGGACAGCACCUUAUAUGUUAUUCCUUUACACGUGUGACUUGUUUGACAUUGUUUCUAUGCGUGUUUUUGUAUUUCAUCCCCGAGUUUUGUGACUUUACAUCUAUGCUUCCUUUAAAAACAGAUAAAUUAAAAGAUGCCAACCACUAA